AGACACGCAACAGAGGCGUGCAUGAUGCCGUGUGAAAUGUAUUUCUUUGGGCCAGACACAACCUGCUCCAAGAAGCGUUGAAAUUGACACCGUUUAGAGCCUUGAACACUCAUGUCAUACAAAAACGCGUGCGACGCCUACAACAUUGUUGCGGUGGUGCCUCCGCGUUGCACGACGCAUUGGUGGAGGGUCACGGUGGUUUCCGAUCUGAGCAUUAGAAGGUAGAAGAAACACGUUUUGGAAGAGGAAGAAGGUUGAGGGAGAUCAUGUUGGGCUUAUGAAGCCUCUAGUAACGGUCGAUGUCGUCGGCGACGAUGGAGGAGGUGCAGUGACAACACUUGCUUCUGGUGUUGCUGUGUCAGAGAUGAAAGAGGAGUUGGAGUGCAUCAGAGUUCUCAGAUAACUUGUCUGAGACUUGCAAGGUGUGAUCUUUCUCCCAUUUUGGUGAACCCUUUGUACAAUUCCUUUUGAAUUUUUAAAGGAUGGUUACUCCUAAUGGAAGAGCAAUGCACAAGUCCGAUGAUGAAAUUCCUUUUGACUCUGAAAUAAAUUUUCACCACUCAGAAUCUAGUCUGGUGGAGGUACUUGGAUCACAUUCUGGAGAAUCUCUGACUGUUCAUCGUGAAACAUUGGCUGGUAUUGUUUAUAGGAGCAUACAAGUUGUGAUUUUCUCUAACAAACUCAAUUUGCUUAUGCCUUUUGGGCCUCUUGCAAUUCUUGUGCAGAAGUUGACUGCUCAUCUUGGUUGGGUCUUUGCUCUGAGUUUGUUGGGUAUAAUGCCUCUGGCGGAGCGGUUAGGUUAUGCUACCGAGCAGCUGGCAUUUUACAGUGGAGAUACUGUUGGGGGUCUUUUAAACGCUACAUUUGGAAAUGCAACAGAAUUGAUCAUCUCAAUAUAUGCACUGAAAAAUGGAAUGACACGGGUUGUCCAGCUCUCUUUACUGGGAUCAAUUUUGUCCAAUAUGUUACUGGUGCUUGGAUGUGCAUUCUUAUGCGGUGGGAUUGUUAAUCAUAAGAAAGAACAAGUGUUUAACAAGGCAAGUGCUUCUGUGAAUUCAGGAUUGUUGUUGAUGGCAGUCAUGGGCAUACUUUUUCCAGCUGUUCUACACUACACACACACCGAGGUUCGUGUUGGGAAGUCAGAGUUGUUCCUUUCAAGAUUCAGCAGCUGUGUCAUGCUUGUGGCCUAUGCUGCAUACCUGUUUUUUCAGUUAAAAGGUCAAAGAAGUCUCUAUGUAUCUGUGGACGAGGAAGAGGUUCAGAGUGGAAACAACUCAAAUGAUGAUGAAUCACCAGAUAUUUCUAAAUGGGAAUCAAUAAUAUGGCUUUCCGUUAUGACUGCUUGGAUAUCAAUCUUGUCUGAAUACUUGGUUGGCGCUAUAGAGGGAGCAUCUACUGCAUGGGAAAUUCCAAUUGCAUUUAUUAGUGUCAUAUUGCUUCCGCUAGUGGGUAAUGCAGCAGAGCAUGCCAGUGCUAUAAUGUUUGCAAUGAAAGAUAAACUUGACAUUUCCUUAGCGGUUGCAAUAGGUUCAUCCACACAGAUAUCAAUGUUUGUGAUACCAUUUUGUGUUGUUAUUGGCUGGAUAAUGGGGAAUUCUAUGGACUUGAACUUUCAACUAUUUGAAACUGCGGCACUAUUUCUUACUGUUAUAGUUGUAGCCUUCAUGUUGCAGGAAGGAACUGCUAAUUACUUCAAAGGACUAAUGCUUAUUCUUUGCUAUCUGAUUGUGGCAGCCAGUUUUUAUGUACAUAUAGAUUCCUCUGAAUAGGGUACAUGUGUCUUACAUUGUAUAUUUAGUUUUCUGAAAUGAGGUUGUGAAGAUUUUGUUGUUUCUCUGACUCAGAUAUGAAAUUAUUUUUCCACUUCCUAUUCCAUCUUGUGAUUGUGUUUCACAA